AUGCCAUCUGAAAAUUGUUGUGAUGAUGAGACAAUUGAAAAAAAUUCAAUGCCAGAAGAUGAUCCGAAUGGAAAUACAAUUCAUGAUGCAAGAGAAAUGCGAUGGGGACCACAACACGCGGGGGCCAAAAUACUAGCAAGUCAAUAUACGAGAGAAAAACGUAUUCAAGAAAUCAUAUCCAUAAUACUCUGUAUUGUAUUGAUGAUCUAUAAUUUUACAUAUAUUUGUCAUUAUUUUGAUGUUCGUAUUUGGUAUCUUGUCAUUCCAGCAGCAUUGUUAGGAAUACUAACAGCUGAUUUUGCAAGUGGAGUUGUUCAUUGGGGAGCCGAUACAUGGGGCUCAGUCGAAAUCCCUCUAAUCGGCAGGAAUUUUUUACGCCCAUUUCGUGAACAUCAUAUUGAUCCAACAUCUAUAACACGACAUGAUUUUAUUGAAACCAAUGGCGAUAAUUUCGCCGUUACGGUACCAUAUUUAUUAUAUAUGGCAUAUAAAUUUACAUAUUGGAAUGAAAGUGAUAUUAGGAAAUUUUAUAAUUUUGAAAUUUAUAUGUUUUUACUCGGGAUAUUUGUGUCAUUAACAAAUCAGUUCCACAAGUGGUCUCAUACCUAUUUUGGUUUACCGUCCUAUAUUGUUUUUUUACAAAAAUAUCACAUUAUAUUACCACGCAAACAUCAUCGUUUACAUCAUGUCACAACCGGUUGGUUAAAUUAUCCCUUAGAGUUAAUUGAUUUUUGGUCUAGAUUAGAGAUUAUUAUUGAGAAAUACAGUGGUUCAAAACCAAGAAGUGACGAUUUUAAAUGGGCACAAAAAACUCUGUGA